UGUGUGUGUGUGUGUGUGUGUUAAAGAGGGAGUGUCUGGUGAUUAGGCUGAAAGAUGGCUGGCGGUUAAGGGGGUGAUGAGGGUGACGACCGGACCGUUGUAGAGCGAGAGAUCCGCAGUGGCACCAAGCAGCCCAUUAGACCAUCGGACCAGAGAGUGUGACACUGUCAAAAGCCUUAUAGAUCCCCAGGGAACAGGACCGACGAAUCGCCAACUUCAACAGGGGACCCCCGUUCCAUCGCUUCUAUUUCCGCAUGUUCUACAUCCCGUCCGAUCAAAAAUCCAGGUAGAAAUAAUUUUUUUAAACGAGUCUCCUGAGACCAUCUGUGGUGAAGACCGAUUGUCGGAGUAAGCGGAAGUGCUAAAGGCUGUCUGGUUAUCCAGUGGAACAGUACUGCUGGCUAGCAGAAACAGACUACCUUGGAAGUUGGACGGCUUGUUUCUGAGGGACUUUGUCUGUCUGGACUUAGUGGUCCUGUGCAGCCUCGCUCACUUGGUCGGUCAGUCGGCAUAGAAAAGGACUAGAAGUAGUCUUUACUGAAAUCUGCUUCAGCCAUCCCUCAUUUUGGUCUCAUGGAGAAGUUCCAGGCUGGAAUGGUCCUAGGUGGGGUGGGGGAUGCUUUGGGCUGCCGCAAGGGCCAAUGGGACAGCUGCACCUCGGGGUCACAGAUCCAGGAAGAGCUGGCCUCUCUGGGGGGUCUGGAGGCCCUCAAACUAGACCCUGAGAACUGGCCCCUCAGCGACGGGGCAUUGAUGCACAUGACCACCGCUGAGGCCCUCGUUACAGACUACUGGUGCUUGGAGGAUCUGUACAGGGAGCUGGUCAGAGUGUAUGUUGAGGCCAUGGCAUCUCUCCAGGGUCGUCCUCCUGACCCGGCCACUGUGGAAGGAUGUGCUCACCUCAAACCCAACAACUUCCUGCUCGCCUGGCAUACACCCUUCAAUGAGAAAGGUUCUGGUUUUGGGGCUGCCACCAAGGCCAUGUGUGUGGGGAUGAGGUACUGGCAGCCUGAUAGGCUGGACAACCUGGUGGAAGUCAGCAUUGAGACAGGACGCAUGACACACAACCACCCCACAGGUUUCCUGGGCUCUUUGACCACUGCUCUCUUCGCCUCAUACGCCGUGCAGGGCAAACCGCUGGUGACCUGGGGUCGUGACCUUAUGAAGGUCCUCACCAAGGCUGAGGAAUACUGCAGGAAGACUAUAAGACACAUGGCAGAGUACCAGGAGAAGUGGUUCUACUUUGAGGCCAAGUGGCAGUUUUACCUGGAGGAAAGAGGCAUUGAGGAGGAGGGACAAAACAAACCCACGUUCCCUGACACCUACAGCGCUGACGACACCGAAAAGAUCUAUAAGCGCUGGAGCUCAGAGGGCCGUGCAGGGCGGCGGGGGCAUGAUGCUCCCAUGAUAGCCUACGAUGCUCUGCUGGCCUCGGGCUCCGACUGGACCCAGCUCUGUCGCCGCGCCAUGUUCCAUGGAGGUGAAAGCAGCGCUACAGGCCAGAUUGCAGGUUGCCUGUAUGGGCUCCUGUACGGCCUGUCCCAGGUCCCGGCCGGGCUCUACCAAGAUGUGGACCGACGUGCGCGGCUGGAGGAGCUGGGAGCAGAACUGUACAGAGCAGCGUCUGCCGACCGGAGCACAGAGAAAGCAGGAGGAGCGGCACCAGGCCAGAAGGCCCACAGCCUCCCUGUGGACACAAGCACCUUGAGGAAGCUGGUCUGGGAUCGAACCACCCGCCCGGAGUUCAGGGGGGUUCUGGAGAGCUUGCUUCAUUACCUGACCCAGGAUUUACCCAGCCGGACCCCCACUGCCAGGUCUCCCAAAAGGGUUGGAACGGAGGUGCCCCAAGUAGGCAGGUGUGGAGGUCGACCAACAGGGGGCAGCGUUUCUAGGCGCCUCACCUCAUUCCAACUUCUCCAGGUCAAGUUCCUGAGGAACACACCCAAACCUCCACUCACCCAUCGUCGGGAGGUUGGGGCCCUGUCCCUGUCCUCCAGGCGGGGAGGAGGCGGCGGCAGCCAAAGCCAGGGCAGGGGGCCCACUAGUAGACAGGAGGAGGGUUGCAGCACUAGAACAGGAUGUGUAAUGAGAAAGGGGAACAUAGUGAAGGAUGUGGUGGCCAGGUUUACCGCAGCAGAGCAGCGGGAGAGGGGAGGAGCCACACCAGGGGGAGGUAGCACAGAGGGGCCAAUAAAAAAGCUCAAACAAAUUGGCAAGGGGCUGCUCCUGUCCGCCAUAAUGGAUAAAUUUGAAACCAUGGCGACGGUGCAUCGGAUAAGUGAGAUGAGUUGUUUGAAGAAAAGCUCUCCUGUAAAAAUCGGAGUGACAGAAGGUUGUGUCAAAGAGUUAGUUAAUCGUCAGGAAGAAGUGGGCCAACAGGGGUCAGGUCAACUGGUCAAAGGUCAGAGUUUGACAAAUCACCAGCUGACAGGUAAAAGCUUGGGACAGCAUGGUAGGAGGAACCCAUCUGGAAUGCAGGGAGGAGAUGGAGAAUCAGAGAAGACAGUAGCUAGUCAGAAUGAUUCACCUAAAAAGAUAACAGGUAAUUAUCAGAACACAAAGGUGAAAGCUCAGUCUGCAGCUAAUAACCAGGUAAAGAGUUCAGAUAAUGAACCAAAACCUGCAGGUCAGAUUCAAGUUUCAGGCAAGGAGCUGAAACUCCAGGGUUUAGACCAACAUGUAAAGAAACUGAGAACAAACCAAGAAGAGGCAAAGAAUCAGGUCUUAGAUCAAAUACAAGAAAUGCACGGUUCAGAGUCAGAAAAGGAACUAACAAUUCAGGGUCAAGAGGUUGACGUUGAGACCUCUAUGGGUCAGAAGGUCACGGCUUCAGGUGAGGAGAAUCCAGAUCCUGUACAACACAGCAAUCCUUCUGAUCGGGAAUCAAAGGUUCAGCAGGAGGUGAAAGUACAGGUUUCAGAUGAUGAAUUAAAUGUCCAGUCCUUUGGUACGGACCUGCGGCAUGGACAAGUAGAGCUGCUCUGCUCUGCAGCAGAGGAGGAGUGGUUUUCGUCAGAGCCCCGGUCAGAGUUAGCCAAGGUGGAAGCCUUGCAGGGCACCUACCUGCCAACCCUGUUCCCCUGCCCACCUGUGUUGGUCCUAGCUUCCUCAGUGGAUCCGCCCACCCAGCCACCCUCAGUCCCAUCCAAAACCAAGACCCUUAGAGAACCACUACAGAUCCAGUCACCCUCAGCUUCAUCCAAAACCAAGACCCUUGAAGACCCACCACAGAUCCAGUCACCCUCAGCUCCAUCCAAAACCAAGACCCUUGAAGACCCACCACAGAUCCAGUCACCCGCAGCUCCAUCCAAAACCAAGACCCUUGAAGACCCACCACAGAUCCAGUCACCCUCAGCUCCAUCCAAAACCAAGACCCUUGAAGACCCACUACAGAUCCAGUCACCCUCAGCUCCAUUCAAAACCAAGACCCUUGCAGAACCACCACAGAUCCAGUCACCCUCAGCUCCAUCCAAAAUCCAGACUCUUGGAGACCCACCACAGAUCCAGUCACCCUCAGCUCCAUUCAAAACCAACACCCUUACAGAACCACCACAGAUCCAGUCACCCUCAGCUCCAUCCAAAAUCCAGACUCCUGGAGACCAACCACAGAUCCAGUCACCCUCAGCUCCAUUCAAAACCAACACCCUUACAGAACCACCACAGAUCCAGUCACCCUCAGCUCCAUCCAAAAUCCAGACUCUUGGAGAACCACCACAGAUCCAGCAAAACUCAGGGUCAGGGUCAAAAACCAGGACCCUGGAUGAUCCACUUCUAUCGUGCACCUUGAGGAAGCCGUUUGUGGAUCCACUCCAACCCUGUUCCUCACAGAAAGACAAGCUUCGAUACCCAAUCCCUUUGUUCUAUGAGGCACCACCUUCUGAACAGAGCCAGUUCUGUAACACCAGCCUCCCAACCCCACUUUCUGAAUGUACGACCGCGGACAUAAAAGUUACACCCCUAACUUCUGACCUCACAACCCCAGACCUGAAACAUUGCCUCCUGCCCUCAUCACCCACAACAUCUAACCAGGAGUCCUGCCUGCUUGGAGCUGCCAAACUGGAAGUUAAUAUCCCCAUGACAAUGCAAAGCCAAAAGGGGGAGGUGACAUGUCACAAAGGGGAGGAGGGAGGCAGCGGUGUGAUCUCACACCAGGAUGUGGAUGUUGUCAUUGCUAUGCAUGGCUCGAGGAUCUCCGAGCAUGGGAGACCAGCAACAGAGAGGGAGAAGCAGCCAAAAUACCGGACAUUAAACUACGGCGAACCUUCAGUAAAACUGAGCUAUAAACCUAAAAUAAUUCGAUUUACUGACACCUUCAACUUCUAAGUCACAUGUUCCCUCACUCAAGACAGUAAUUCAGUGGCGUCAGUGAAACAUAAUACUUGUUUGGGGCUUUCUUGCGCUCCUCUCAGCAGAACACAAUACUUUUUCAAGGUCAUGCUAAUUAUCCGUUGAAUUGCAAGACUAGUGCUGAAGGGUGUGAUGCAGACAUUUACUUCUUAGUCAUUUAGCUGAUACCUUUGUCCAGUAGUAAGUGCAUUACAAGCACCUUGCUCUACCAACUAAAUUACCUGGGACUGCCAUGCAGAUAUGGCAGUUAUAUUAUUGUAUUAUGUACUGUAGUACUCAAGUUAUGUGUGUGUGUGUGUUUGUGUGUGUCAUCCGGACCGUAAUUGUGGUAAGACAAACAUAACCAGAGUGUGUGACAUUGAAUACGCCAUGCCGAUGCCAUUAUAAUUAGCCACAUGGCAUUUAAUCAAAAACGUGUCAUUGUAAAAUGGUAGAUAUUCCAGGAAAUCAACUGUAAUUUGGAACACCAAGAUAAGCAAACCUCUUGUUUAAUCAGAUUAAAAAAGGUUAAUCACUCCCUUUGUUUACUUUGUGUUGUUAUAAUGUAAAUAAAAAUUAUUUUAGUGUGUC